CUUAAAGAAGUUCCAUCCAUAAUUUUAUUAUUUAGUGAAUGAUGUUGUUGUAAAUUAAGUAAAAAUUAACAAAAUGGAAAGUUAUAUUGUUAUUUCAUUUGUUGGAGAGGGAUCAUUUGGUCGUGUUUUCAAAGCUAAACAUAAAGACACUGAUGCUGUUGUAGCUUUAAAAGUUAUACGAAAGAAAGGCAGAUCAUCGAAAGAUUUGAAGAAUUUGAGACAAGAAUGCGAUAUACAAAGGCAGUUAAAUCAUCCAAAUAUAAUUCGUAUGAUUGAUAGUUUUGAUACGGAAUCCGAGUUAGUUGUUGUUACAGAGUAUGCUGAAAAAGAAUUGCAUGGUAUACUUGCUAAAGAAGGUUGUUUAAAUGAAGACCUUGUUAAAAAAAUUACUUGGGAUUUAGUGUCUGCAUUGUAUUAUUUACAUUCUCACAGAGUUCUACACAGGGACUUAAAGCCACAAAAUGUACUGUUGGAUAUGUCAGGCCGAGCAAAGCUUUGUGAUUUUGGACUUGCUCGAAUAAUGACUAACACAACUCAUAUUCUUACUUCAAUUAAAGGAACACCAUUGUAUAUGGCCCCUGAAUUAAUAGACGAGAAACCUUAUGACCACCAGGCUGAUCUUUGGUCACUUGGCUGCAUUGUGUAUGAAUUAAUGGCUGGUCAGCCUCCAUUCUGUACAAUGUCCAUCUGGCAACUAGUUAGAAUGAUCAGACACAAACCAGUGCAAUGGCCCAGUUUUAUCAGUCCCGAAGCAAGAUCAUUUUUACAGGGCCUGUUACACAAAGACCCAGUGAAAAGAAUGAGUUGGCCAGAAAUAUUAGAACAUCCUUUCAUAGCUGGACAUGUUCUCAUUCUACCAGAAGACAAACAAAGUGACUCACCAUUCACUAAACCUUUGUCAUGCAGCCAACAGGAAGCUAAAUUCUUACAGACAGAGAAAAUUUGUAAAAACACAAAACUGGCUAACAAAAAUAUGAAAGCAGAAAGCGAAAUUAAAACUGAAUCUAGAGAACACGAUUUAAGGAAUGUUCGUGGUGUGAUGCAAGCGAUGGAGUUUGUCCCAAUGUCAGAUGAUGACAGUAUCAGAGCAACAAGUGCAUUUAGUGUACGAGACAGCUUAAAAACAGACGACGAGGACCAAUCACAGCCAAUAACAGCAGCAAAUGCUAAAUUAUUAAGGCAUGAAUUUAAUGUUAUGAAUAAUUCUAACCUAGUUGUUUGUAAUCUCGAAAAGAAUCUGGCACAACUAAUGUGUAGUCCUAAAAACGAUUUAAAUAAAAUGCAUAAAAUUGACGAAGAAAAACAAGACAUUCAAAAAGAUACUGUUAAUGAAACUGAAAUUAAGUCUCCCAGUGAUAUUCAAGAUGUGGAUGCAAAACAAAAGUCAAAAACAUCAGACACUGCGUCACAAAGUUUGGAAAAUCCGAAAAGUUCAACAAAAUGCAGCAGUGAAGUUAGUUCUGGUUUGAGCAGAAGUGUUCCUCCAUCAUACAAGCAGAAGAUAUUACAAUUUUCAAGGGAUAAACUAAGGUUCGCCAGUGGUGGUAAUCGGUUAACAAGGAGUAUUAAAAGAUCAUUCCACUUCAGUAGAAGCUUAGACAAAAAUAAGGAUAGCCAAAGACGGACCAGUGAACCUGCCAUAGAAAUUUCUAGUAAUGUUGAGAAGAAAGUUACAGAUAAAAUCAAAUAUUCCAAGGAAGAUAAGGAUGAGGAUAUAGAAAAGUGUGAAAUUAUUGAUGACACUCCUGAUGAUAAAAACAUGGCAAAUAAUGAUUGUAUUGUAAAAAAAGAGGAAAAACAAGAAGAAAAGGAGCCAUCAAGUAUAGAAUUGGAGGAGUGGGAGGCAUUCCUGAACUCUAAUAUUACUGAAGUAAUGGAAGGAGAUGUUGAGUCACUAACUCAAUUGAAUAUGGUGAGCAUGGUGGUGGGCGUGGUAAGCGUGGCGGCGCGGGGCGCGGGUGGCGCGCGCGUGUGCGGCGCCGUGGCCGCGCUGCUCGCACUGCCCGCACUCUCGCACGCACUGCCGCGGCACACACUGCUCAACAUGCAGGACGUUUACCUCGAAGCGAAAGUUGUUUACAACUUUGUGGCCGCAAUAAACACGCUAAUGAAAGACAGCAGAAAUAUCGACGAAGGAGCCGAAGAAAGAGUGCAAGGCGUGGGCCGCAUGGUGGAGGUGUGCGCGUGGCUGUGCGUGCGCUCGUGCCGCGCCGUGCGCCAGUUCGCGACGGCCGUCGCCGCGUACGGCGCGCAUCCCGUGUUCACGGACCUUCUCGCAUUGUAUGCAAAAACGCCUCGAAUAGGACUGAAUAUAAUUGGUAUUCUAAUAACGGUCCUACAAGAUCUUCCCGAACACGCCGACGUGGUAGAGAAGAUAUUAUUCGACGAUAAAAAUUUCAAUUUCAUGAAGCUUCUGGAACAGUCGAGCGACGCUCUGAGGAUGAGAGUCUGCAUUUUAAUAAGUCUGCUGUGCACGUUUUCCUGUACAGCAUUUUCCGCGGCGAUGGAAUCGAAAUGGACUAAAAAGGAAAGCGACAGUCUUGAAUCAUUACAAUCUCAUUGUAAUGUGACCUUAAAUAGAGCGGCUAGGUUAGCUACUAAGGAACUCGCCAAUAUGCCGUUUUAUUUGAGUUGACUUCAAGUUUAUUAAUAAAAUAAACAGUGUUUUUGGUAUAAUUUAAACAAAUUGACACGUACGACAGAAUUAAAAUCGUAAAUUUAUAUUUAUUUCUUCAGAGGAAGUGUUUCGAAGUAUUAUGAGACUUAUAUGUCAUUUUAGAUAUGUUAUUUCAAUGAUUUGAAAGUAUUUUCAUGUUUCCGGAAUGUACUAAGUGCUAUAGGUCUAACAUUAUACGUAUAUAUAUUUGUUAUUACUGAAAUAACACAUGUAUAUUUCUAAGACGCCUGCUCCUGAAAUUUCUUCAGCCGUGUCAUCGGAUUAUGAAUAAGGUAAAAGAAAGUACUAGAACUUUUGACAUACACUUGAGCACUAUUAUAUUUCGUGCACAGUUUGCUGAUCUCGGUUAAGAUAAUUGCCUUCGUUUCCGAAAUAUGACAGGAGGACAUUAUCUUCGGUUAGUAUGUAUGCGUACGAGAUCUAAGUAUAACUCUAUUAAGCUAGUACGAAGCCUAGCCAUGAAUUGUAACGAGACUGAUUACCCGAAUUAUAUAACAGUGGGGCUAUUACGGUUAUAGCAUAGCAACUGUUGCUAUCAAAUAUUUGUUGUUGUUUUUGUUUGAUAAAACAGUAUUAUGGAGUAUUAUGCUACUGCAGAGGUCCAUUAUACUGAUUUAUAGUUUUUUUAUUUGAUUUGUUAUCAAUCCGCAACAAAUAUUUGCGUAAUAGCCCCAAAGGUCUCAAGCAACGACUCUAGAAAUUAUCUGUAUUUAAUGAAAUUACAUAAGAUAUAAUUUAGCAUAUACUUAUCAAAAAGUUUACGUUGAAACCGAUGGAAAUGUAACCCUAAAUUACCAAUGAACAGAGAUAUACGCAUCUCUGAUAGUGACGGCUGAUGUUUGACUUAAAAAUGAGAGAAAUAUAAGCGUGGAAUUAGAAGACAUGACUAAGCAUCGCAAUAUGUAUUUAAACCAAUUGAAUGAAUGAUUUGCCGUUUUGAAUCGAAUUGCGUACCUAAAAUGGCAACUCGCAAUAGAUUUUUUUUUGUCGUUUUGUCAAAUGGAAGCUGUUUCUAAUGAUUCAUAUAAUUUAGUCUGGUUGUCAAAUGCGUAUCUAUAAUUUCAAUGUUUUGGCAAUAUACGGAUCAUGAUAGUGUUACAUUUUUGGCAUUGGCAAGUGAAUCUGCUUCCACUUUCGCCUUCGUUUGGCUACGCUGCUAGGAUGAAAUCAAAAUUUUUAGAACGGUAGCAAGCAAAUAAUAAACUCACUAUGAGUUCUUUCGCAGUAACUUGUCCAUACCCGUCUUUGAUAGUGUCAUGUAGUCACGUACUCUGUGGUGCGUUACAGUGACGGUACUUGCAUUCGACGGUAACUUUUUAAUUUAUUUUUUAAGUGAAAAACAAAGAAACAACAUAUUUUAAGGGAAAUGUAUAAUUUGUAUUUCAAUGUUGACUGAAAAAUUUUGAAGUUAGCCAGUGUUAAAAAUACGCAAUCACAGGUAAGGAUUUAAAAGAUCCUUUUAUAGAGAUUAAAGUGCGUGCCAUGUAACUUUGCCGGUCUGAAGUAUGACUGCGUAGCUGUCAAUAUUACCACCAAACAUAGUAAGGCGUUAUUAUUGUUUUUAAUUAACAUACGCUGACAAAAUUACGGAUUCCGUAAUCGAGUCUAUAGUCUAUUCCGAUCACAGAAGGAGUAAAGACAAAUAAACAACUUUGACAUUGAACUGACAUGAUAUCGUUGAUCGAGAUCUUGAAUGUUCAUCUAUAAAUUAUUCAUGAAUGGAAAAAGUUUUGAAUGUCGGCAAACCUUGCUUCCUUGUCAUAUUUUUUUUUUCAUAUGGUAUCACUUAACAGGAUUGUACUUGCCUUUUCGAAGGACUGAUUAGAGUGAUAAAGUUACACGACGCGAACUGUUUGUAUUAAAUCUGGUAUAUAUAUAUUUUUUUUAUUCCAACACGAGUUAUCGUACUCCUAGCCUGCUCAGCUGGUCUAAGUGAAAACUUAUAAAACACUGGAUUAAACUUUCAAGGAGAUAACUAAUUACAUGUUUUUUGUGAACAUAUAUUGUAAAACAUAAACUUUCUGAUUCAAUGGUCAUUGCACCCGUUAGCCGAGCUAGGUCGGCAGUUUUAGGGUGAAGGGUCCUGGCGUAAAGUGCCGAAGUUCUAACUAAUGUCGCCCGUAUGUUUUUCUAAUAACAAUGACAAAAAUUUAACAUCGAAAGUCAUAUUGCUGACAGAUUUUAUAAUAAUUGGUAUUUUUACUGUGCCAUAAUUUUGUUGUUAGAAUUUGUUAAAAUUAUAUAUCUGUUUGUUACAUAUUUCGUUUAGAAUUUACACAAAUGAUGAAUCUCAUUUAUAUUGUGAUUUAGAGAAAUGAUUACGU